GUCGCGUUCGGACCGCCGUGGCGAUCGGACGUGCGAAGCGUCAAGUGGCUAUUCAUUUGAGAGUUAGCAGAGGCAGUGUGAAGUGGGGGAGAGAGUUGGAGUGAGUGAGAUAGUAGGGUGCCUUUAUAAAUUAAUACCGGAUUAAUAUUAAUCAGGGGAUGGAAAACGUUCCCCCGGUCGGACGGGGGAAAAGAUAUUCUCCAUAUGAUAAAGAGACUAAUAAGCUAAACAAGGGUAGAAGCAAAAAACGUAUUACAUCUUUAAGUGAAAAAGUGAUCGAGAUUAUGGACGAGGAAGUAAAUACAUCUGAUUCGGAUGAGCAGCAUGCAGAGCCGAGAUCACAGCUGGAAAAUAUCGAUUUAGUUAAGAAAAUCAUCUUAGGUGAGGACCAGCAAGUGGUUUCAGCUAUGGAAUGCACGGAACAUUCAAAUAUUGGUAUCGACCAAUCACAAGGCGAGAGAGCACCAGUACAAAGCAGCUCAAAUACGAGGAUUAAUAAGAGCAGAGUUACCAGGUCAGACGAAGAUCAACCAAAUACACAAAUAACGAAAAGCGAAUCUUACUUUGUUAUCAACGGAAAUCUUACAGAGGCGGAUUUUCUGGAUAAAGCGAUGCAGGAUAGCUUGCUUGGAAUUAAUAUUAAAAGAUUAGACUCUUCCAUUAAAGGCGAUUGCAAUAUAUUGAUUAAAGUUAUUGAUGAUGAUAAAUCUAAAUUUAUGAAUAAAAAUAAAAAUCGCACCAAAAUUUUGGUAUGGUGCAAUAAAAAUCAGAUAUUUCCUGCAGAUCUCUUUAUGCAGAGAUUUAAUUUGGCUUCGUUAACUUUCAAAAAUGUAAAGAACGCAAAUGACUGUUUAGAUAAGUUAGAUAGAUUAAAAGAUAAAUGGCUUGCAGGCAUUGUAGAUAGAAGGAAGGUUACCUGCAGGGGAGUAAUUGCCGACUGGCCGUAUGACAUUCCCGAAUUGUGGAAUAACAUAUUAGACAGGGACGAUAUUUUGAAAUUUGAAAGAAUGAAAAGAAGGGUGUGGGACAAAACUGAAGGCAAAUUCAAAAUAGUAAAUACAGAUAAUAUUAUUGUUACCAUGAAAGGUGCUAGAAUUAGAAAUAAACUUACUAUCUGUGAUAAUCUACGGAUACAUUUAAGAAUUAGGCCGUAUAUUGAACGGGUCACCCAAUGUUUUAACUGUUUUCUAUUUGGUCAUAUAAAAGCGUUUUGUAAAAACAAAGUUAAAUGCGUCGUGUGCGGGGAGAACGCCCAUGGGCAAUGCAACAAACCACUGUGCUGUAGAAACUGCCAAGAGGAACACAAAUCCACGUUUAGGAAAUGCCCCGUAUUCUUAAAAAAUAAAGAAAUUAAAGUAAUCAUGUCAUACAACAAUAUUUCAUUUACGGAAGCUGUUAGGCUGAUUAAAGGUGAUUCCGAUGAGCGUUUCUCUCGCGUAUACGACAGAUACACGAAACCGGACGUAUGGCCCGAACUUAAGAAGGUCGCGGAAAACAAAAAUCCUAAACAAAUAAAAGAGACAGUGAGUACUUUACCUUAUAGGCCAUUUGUCUCUACAAAAGAUAGUUAUAGCGAUAAAAUAAAGGCUCGUGAUUUAAAUAAAAGUAAAGAGGAAAAGAAGAUAGCUGUUAAUAGAAAAGCGUACUCAGAUUACUAUAAAAACUUCAAUCCUAGAGGAUAUACUUUUUUGCAGGGACCUCGGGGGGUGGCGUAUCCCGCACAUGAUAAUAGUUUGGUAGAAAAUUUAUGUAACCAGGGGAAUAGUACAACGAAUGAUAGAGAAUCAGGAACUUUUGACAUUGAUAGGGUGAUUGAGUGUACAAUAAAUAAAUGUAAAAUAUCAAAAGAUUUUAAUAGAGAACUCGUUGAACUAAUAUAUAAAUAUAGAUUACCUCAUGAGUCACCUUUAGGCAAUAAGUCAGCCCAAGCUGACUAUCAAAAGGAAUAUGAUAUAGAAAGAUAUAGAGUUAAUAUAGAAGAACAUCGAGAAGAGUGGAGAAGGGCUAAAUCGCUUGGCCUAGAAAGUAAAAGGGCAUACUGGGAUAAUAGAAAUGAAAGAGAAGGUGAUAUACAUUCUAUUUUGUAAAAAUGGCCUCUAUCUUACUGUGGAAUGCCAGAGGAAUUAAAAACAAACAAGAAGAAAUAAGUAAUAAUAUAAUUCCCUAUGACAUAAUUGUAAUCACAGAAACAAAAAUUAAGCAUAGUCCAACUUUAUAUUUUUCAGGAUAUAAGACCCUUAAAUCUAAUAACCCGGAUAAUUGUGGUGGUAUUGCGAUCAUAGUUAGAAACGGUAUUGAAUUUGAAGUCAUGGAAGACUGGAAAUUUAACUCGCCAAACAUAGAAGCUAUAGGUAUUAGUCUAAAAGGCACUACAAAUAAUUAUAAUCUUAUUGCAGUCUAUAGAAAACCUUACGGCGUUAACAAUAUUUCAAUCUGGUACGAACUGUUAAAAUUCAAAGGAGUAAAUAACAAUUCUAUUAUAAUAGGCGAUUUUAAUUCACACCACAACGUAUGGAAUUGCGAUAAAAUAGAUAAAAAUGGGGAAAAUUUAUACUUGGCUAUGUUUAAUAAAGGUUAUAUUAGUGUUAACAACGAUACAAAAUCUCGCCUAAGUUAUAACAAUCAAAGGGCUUCUAAUUUAGAUUUAAUUUUUGCAAAUAAUAAUUUGGCAGGAUCAUUAGAUUACUAUCAGUUAGAGGAUACGUGGGGCUCGGAUCAUUAUCCUAUUGAAUUAUAUAUAGACGCGGAAGUCGUACCAUACAAAAAAUUAACUAAUAGAAUUACAAAUAAAAAUAGUAAUUGGCUAUUAUAUAAAAAACUACUUACUAUUAAAUUAGAAAAAAUCAAAGAUAGAUUCGGUGAUACUAAUGCAACAAAAGUACAAGAAGAUUACUCUUUUUUUAUUAGUACAAUUAAAACGGCUGCCCUGCUGGCAACUAAAAAAGAUCCUAAGACAUCUUCAAAAUAUGUACAAUCUAAUAAGACAUUUAUUAAAAACAGACACCCAGUUAGAUGGUGGGACGAUGAAUGUGCAGAAGUAAUUUUGAAUAGAAAAGAAAAACUUAAAAAUUGGCAGCGUACGGGCAACCUUGAAGAUUUUGUUGAGUACAAGAGAUGUCGGGCAGUGGCCAGAAAAGUUAU